UGCGCGUUUUCUUUACCACUACUACCAUUAUUCCCUAUACCCGCCGAAUACUUUUCUUUUUCUUUUUACAACAAAACCUUACUGUCAGCUAUGGGCGACAUUUUCAACCGCUUGCCAUUUGAACUCAUAUGCACCAUCUUUGUACUUGUUGGCCAGCAGGCAUGUCUGGAAUCUAUGCGAGUGUGUCAGAAAUGGUUUGACCAAGUACCACGGCAUUCAACCGGCGUUUGGAAACAGGUCGACUUUUACUACGUUUGGACAAAAACCAACCCGUGUCUUAUACAGUGCCUUGGUCCGCACGUACAAGACGUAGACGUAGCAUACGAUCGUCUAGACUUGCUUGUUAGGAUACUUAAAAAUCGUCAAUGCACGAUUUCCUCUCUCAGUAAGUCUUGCUCACAGUUGUUUACUAUCUACAGUGUUAUCACUUUUACCACUGUUUUUUUUUUCUUACACUCAAAAGAAAUCUCUGUCUGUGAUACUGGUGCUAUUAGCUAUCCGGCCAGGAGAUACUAUACCUAGCACAGCAGAUAUUGUAUCUGGGCUACAGAAUGCAAGCGGGCACCUGACGCGCCUCGUACUACAAGACGUGUCAAACGAUAUAUCACCACUGUCAGUGGCUCGCCUAUGUCCUCGCCUUACAGCAUUGUCUAUAUCACUGGAUAAAUUGACUCUACGGAAGCAACAGCACGAGCGGCAGAUACAACAACAACAACGACUACUCGAAACACUGAAUGCUACGAAUGCCCCUGACUCAUCCCCUGAAGAACCUGUAACACAAGUGACAACGAGUUCUACAGCAGAUAAACUAUCAACGACUGCAAAGGAGA